AAAAGUUCAAAGUCCAAAACAUCGAACUCUUUGCUCCCUUAAUUUCUUUUUCUUAAAAAUAACCUCAUAUAGAUAUAUAUUAAAAUGGCUUUAGCUAGACCAGUAUACAUCGUUGCAGCAAAAAGGACAGCUUUUGGUUCCUUUGGUGGCAAAUUGAAGAAUCUAACUGCUACUGUUCUUGGCGAACAUGCGAGCGUUGCUGCUUUAGAGGCUGGUAAAGUCGACCCGGCUAUUGUGGAUUCURUUAUCUUUGGCAAUGUUAUCCAGAGUGCAUCAGAUGCAGCAUAUGUUGCUCGGCAUAUUGGUUUAAAGGCCAAGGUACCUGUGUCAUCACCUGCCUUGACUGUCAAUCGUCUUUGUGGAUCUGGAUUCCAGGCAAUCAUCAGUGGGGCACAAGAAAUUAUUCUUGGAGACAGUGAUAUUGUUCUAGUUGGUGGAACAGAAAACAUGAGCCAGGCUCCCUAUGCCGUCAGAGAUGCUAGGUUUGGAACAAGACUGGGCAUUGAUUUGAAGAUGGAAGACACUUUAUGGCAAGGUUUGACCGACAUGUUAGCAAAAUUACCAAUGGGAGUCACAGCUGAGAAUCUUGCCGAGAAGUACAACAUAACCAGAGAACAGUGUGAUGAGUUUGCUCUUUUAUCUCAGCAAAGAUGGGGUGCAGCUCAAGAAGGAGGGAGGUUCAAAGAAGAAAUAGUGCCGAUCACAGUCAAAGGAAAGAAGGGUCCUGAGGAGUUUGCUGUAGAUGAACAUCCUCGUCCACAGUCUACCUUAGAACAGUUAUCCAAAUUACCUCCUGUAUUCAAGAAAGAUGGAACCGUAACAGCAGCAAAUGCUUCUGGAAUCUGUGAUGGAGCUUCUGCACUGGUUUUAGUAAGUGAAAAAGCAGUCAAAGACCAUGGACUAACUCCCUUGGCUCGACUUGUGUCCUACGGCAUUGCAGGAGUAGAACCAAGCAUUAUGGGGAUUGGUCCUGUUCCAGCUAUUAAGACUGCUUUGGAAAGUGCUGACAAAACUCUUGAUGAUAUGCAGUUGAUUGAGGUCAAUGAAGCCUUUGCUCCACAGUUUUUAGCAGUACAAAAGGACCUUAAUCUAGACAUGGAAAAAACAAACAUCAAUGGAGGUGCUAUCUCGCUAGGUCACCCAGUAGGUACAUCAGGAGCGAGGAUCACCAGCCAUCUAGUCCAUGAGAUGAGACGGCAGAAACUACAAUAUACUCUAGGUUCUGCUUGCAUUGGUGGAGGGCAAGGGAUAGCAGUUGUACUAGAAAACAUGUCAUGAAGAUAUUAGAGCACUCUCUGGUGACAUGAAAGAAAAAUGAAUAGCCUGUUACUCUCAUGAUACUCUAAUUUUUUAAGUGUUUCAUUUGUGUUGCUGCUCGAAACUUUUGAUGAGAUUUUGUCCAAUUAGAGUAAAUCUACUUAUUAGUAUUUAUGAAAAUGUCAGUUUUUCUGCUGAUCAAAAUAUCACCUCUCCCAAAGUUCACGGCUUUAUAACUCAAAUACGCAUUCAAUAAAUUUUGGUCACAUUUGAUAUUUAGCUAUUUGGCUCCAAAAGAACGUGUUUACAAAAUAUUGAGCUUGAAUACGUAAAGCUUUCCUUAUGGCGAAAGGUUAAAAACCGUUYUUCUGCCCUGUCCUCUCUGGUCCUAAAGCCUGGCUCUCACUGGCGGCACAMGCAGACGCAACUCCUAGCUAGUGCAUGUGUUUGAACCCUUCAGGUCCAACCUUGACUUGGCGUCGUUGUUUUGUGGUCAUUCUUGCAAAUUUAGGAAACGUUUAUUGUUAUGUACAAAGAAUAUUGAAAGAAUAAAUUCAGUACUUUACAUUAUA